UCUAAUUAAUAUACCUACUUACGACGGUCAGCAGAAGGGAGGAGGAAGAAGAGAGUAGCGAGAUGUUCAGGAACCAGUACGACACUGAUGUCACUACCUGGAGCCCGGCGGGACGGCUGUUCCAGGUUGAGUACGCCAUGGAGGCCGUCAAGCAGGGCGCUGCCGCGGUCGGCCUCCGCUCCACCUCGCACGUCGUCCUAGCCACCGUCAACAAGGCCACCUCCGACCUCUCCUCCUAUCAGAAAAAGGUAUUCAAGGUUGACGAUCACAUCGGCGUUGCCAUCUCGGGUCUCACUGCCGAUGGUCGCGUUCUUUCCCGCUACCUUCGCAACGAAUGCAUCAACCACGCAUUUGUCUACGAGUCUCCUCUGCCUGUCUCCCGCCUCGUCGUACGCCUCGCUGACAAGGCGCAGGUGUGCACACAGCGAUCCUGGAAAAGGCCAUAUGGAGUUGGUCUGCUUGUUGCUGGAUUAGAUGAAACCGGAGCUCACCUCUACUACAACUGCCCCAGUGGAAACUACUUCGAGUACCAGGCAUUCGCAAUUGGUUCCCGCUCACAAGCUGCCAAAACUUUCUUGGAACGCAGGUUCGAAUCUUUCAACAACUAUUCUCGUGAUGAACUGAUCAAAGAUGCAGUUUUUGCCAUCAAGGAGACAUUACAAGGAGAAAAGCUGACCAGCGCCAUCUGCACAGUAGCCAUUUUGGGAAAAGAUGAGGCCUUUCAUUUGAUUGAUCAGAAGAUAAUCCAAGAAAUAAUUGAUUCAAUUGAGAUCAAAGAAGAUGCUCCUGCUGAACAGGCUCCUGAGCAAGACGAGGCAGGAAGCUCCGGAGCCGCUCCGAUGGAUAUCUAAUGAGAGAGAUUUGGAUGGAAUGCUCACAGAGGUGUCUGCAACUAGCAUUCAAUUUGCUUCUUUUGAUCGUCAUGAUGUUAUGGCCUAAUUUUAAACCGAAUCUGCACCUCGAAGAUUUGUCAUGGGUUGACGUUAAAAUUGGUUGUACGACGAUGUUGUUAUGUAUUAACCGCAAAUUGGCAUUUCAAACUCGUUGACGUCGCCUUAA